CAAGCGACCAUGAACAACGGGGCAUGUCCGUGGUUUAAGAAAUUAAUACGUGGGCGGGGUUAGGAUGAAGGGGCGGGGUCGAACUGUCUGUACAAUGGCUCGAAAUGUUGACUGAAUACCAUGAACCGCCAUCUUGUCGUGACUCCUCUACGUGCGUGGAAGAUUUGAAAGGGGGGUCCAGUCACGUCUUUUCUUUAAUUUUAUUAUUUUUGAAUAGGUGUGAAGGUCGGAUCCCAAACAGAAGCUUUGAAUCCGGCUAGUUAGUGUUUUUAAAUUAGUUUCAGCCAUUGAUUGUGGACCCGACAAUACAGCGAACAGAGAUGAGCAUCGAGACGCUGUUAGAGGCGGCGAAGUUUUUGGAAUUGCAAGCCCAGCAACAACAGAAAACACGUGAAGAAAAUGAGCUUCAGGAAAAGCGACGUCGUGAACAGGAGGCUGAGAAACGGAGAGUCGAAGUGAACUCUUAUACUCACCCUGUACGAAUUAACCACAUGACCCGGGUGGAGGAAUCCGGUCCUGAGCAUCGCUAUAUAACCGCACCGGCCCCGCCUCCUCCCCCCACUGUGCCCAUCACUGUCAUCCCCAUCCCAGUGGUAUCCUCCACUCCCACGGCACUCCCUACAUCUAUCAGCCCCUCGACAGCACCCCGUCUGACUUCGCCCAAAAAAGAUGUCCACUCUCUGCCAAAGCAGCAGGCGCUUCACCAGCACCCCCUCAUCUCGUCUCAGGUGAAAGCCGAGCCCAUAUCACUAUUUCAGUUCAACGGCACCAAACCACACCCACCCCAGCAGCUCCAGCCUUACCCAGGCUCCAUAAUCACAACUACCCCGCAUGCACUUCUCUCCCAGCCUGGACUUCCUUUGACCCAACCCAGCCCUGCAGCCAGAGGCAGCCCACCCGAUGACCACCGUAAUAUAGAUGGGAAGAAAAGACCUGGAGGGGCAGGAACAAGAGAAGUACACAACAAACUUGAAAAGAACAGACGGGCUCAUUUAAAGGAGUGUUUCGAGACCCUUAAGAAGAAUAUCCCUAAUGUUGAUGAAAAGAAGACCUCUAAUCUGAGCGUUUUAAGAAGUGCACUGAGAUACAUUCAGACUCUAAAGAGGAAGGAGAAGGACUACGAGCAUGAGAUGGAGCGUUUGGCACGGGAGAAGAUCGCUUUGCAACAGAGAUUGGCCGAGUUGAAGAAUGAACUGAGUCAGCGAUUGGACGUUAUGGAGAUUGAUUGUGUUCUCCGACAGACUGUCCAACCUGAUGAUGACCAGGCCUCUACCUCCACUGCCUCAGAAGGUGAAGACAACAUUGAUGAAGACAUUGAAGACGAGAGCUUGUCAGCUACGCCCAAUGCCUUACCCAAAGUGCCUCCUGCGCCUCAUCCAGAGUUUAAAAAAUCCCGGCCUGCUUCUUCCCUCAUAACACAGCACGUUUCUAUUCCACAGAAGCUAUGUACGACUUUACCCCCCGUUCCCUCGGCUCAGCUAUCCCCUGUCGUCGUCGCCGCCCCAAUCACAGCUCCAGCUCUGUCCCCGACACCAGCACAGGCUCCCAACGGCCCCGCCUUCGUUUCAGCCAUCCAGCAGCCGCAUGCAGUGGUGACCCCGCAGACCCUACCUCCAGCCCACACUCGCAUAAUGACUGCAUCCAGCCUCCAACCCACCGUCAUCGCUCACGCCGGAUCGGCAUCGCACGCCUCCGUCAUCCAUACCGUCAACCAUGUCAUCCAGUCGGGCUCCAAGCAUGUGGCCCAUAUUGCCCCCUCCAGUUCUGUACAGCUGGCUUCCGGACCUCAAUCUAUCAGCCAUAUCACGGUACACCCGGUGGCCCACCUUCCUACAAUCUACCCUCAGCCUGUGGCGGUCACGCAAACCACCGUCAUGGGCCACAUCGCACACACGUUCUCGCACGGCCAGUUGAAUGGCACGCCGGCCACCAUGGUGGGCAAGCAGACGGCGAUAGGUGCUCAGAUGGUCACCCAUCACCCUCAUUUAGUCGGACAGACCGUCCUUAACCCGGUCACCAUGGUGACCAUGCCCUCCUUCCCAGUCAGCACGCUAAAGUUGGCCUGAAGCGAUACUGAUGCCUGGAUAGAAUACAGACACAGAGUGGUCAAAAGGUGAUGCCCCCACCCAUCCCACAACAAUGCUGCAUUGCAAUCAAAAUGAAUUAUUGAGCUACAGUACAUUCCAAAUGACAAGAAAGUAUUAAAAAAAAACUUUAUAAAGACUCAAAUCUAAAACAGAGAAAUUUAUUGAAUGUCUAUUGCUAUAUAAUGAUAUAUAAUAACAGAAGAAAAAGAGAAUUUCUAUCUUUAUGUGUGGGAUAAGGCAGAGUUUGAUGUUUAGAGUGCUCAUGUGCUACUCGGUGUAUGUUUUAGGCCCUAUAGUGGAAUGAAUAAUGAUGGAAAUGUGAUGGUCUGAUCAGUUGAAAUCGACUCUCGAUCUGACUGCUUACUAAUGGUUUGAUACCUCACACUUUUUACACCUCAUAGACUUUUUAGGCAAACCAGGUAUACAGUUUUGUCUGUCACAAAUCUCAACCAAAACCUCCUAAAGUCCCUACAGUUCUGUCUUAAAGGAACAGUUCACUCAAAAAUUCAAAUUUGCCAUUUACUCUCCUUCAUGUUGUUUCAAACAUGUAUUCUAAAUAUUGUAUGAAUCUUCUCUAUAUCCACCACUGAUCCAUAUGACAUCCAAACUACUGCACAUUUAAGAGCCACGACAAAGAUGAGCAUUUGCAUUUUGGUCAGUUCUGUAGCUUUAGAAGACUGCACACUACAUUUAUGGUGCUUUUAUUUACAUUUUAUGAAUUUGGACGAGAGACACUUUUAUCCAAAUCGACUUGUGGUGCUAAUGCAAUGCUCUACCAAUUGAGCUACAGGAAUGUUGAACUGUCAUCGCAUAGAGAAAAUGUCAAGAUUCUUUACAUUUUUUGUCAAUGACAGAAUUUUCCUUAUUUUUGAGUGAACUGUUACUUUAAUAUCACGUCACCUGUACCGCCUUCACUCAAACCAUGUAGUUAUGCUGCGUUCGAGACACCUCGUAACUGAGAUAUUUCCCACUACAGACGUAGUAACGUCUUGUCUCACAUUAAUAAAAUAAAACAUUAAUGUUACUAAUGAUUCAUUAAAACUUUGCAAGUGUCUGUUAACAUUAAAAGAGCACCGUUCCAUAAAGUAUUUCCGGGUCGAAGUGGGAAUUGUCGAAUUUCCGAGAGCAUGUGAAGGCAGCAUUAAUGACGGACUAGCGUCAUUAUCAGUAAACCAUGUAGUUGACCGCGACACUGAGCACAUUUCGGAUGCUUCUAUAUGAAAUAUUAUUUUGCAGAGUUUACGCCAUUUGGUCGUUGUACUCUAGCUGGCAUAGAGUCUUGUGUUUUGUGACUGUCACGCGAAUAGUUGGAGGGAGUUUGACAGCAGUGCCUUUUCAAUCUGCAGUCCUGUUGUAUGUUCACGCCCCCUUAUGUUCUCUGUUUGCAACUGCACUCAUUCAGAAAAUACGUUAUUCAGUAACAGUCACCUAUUUAAAUCUAGAUAAGCGGUAUGUGAAUUGCUUAGAGGAGUAAACAAAUAUGUUUGUGGAACAAUUGCAAAGAAGUUGAACAUUUCUAGAUGUCACUGUGAAUGUAUUCCAGCGUUUAGACAUGAGGCAGGCAACGGCUCAUCUUGCCAUUGGUGGUAAAUGUUGGUUUGUUUUAGGUAGUAAAAGACUGCAGUCAGUAUGUGGUUAUUUGUAAUUUUUUUAGGGUACAUGUAGCAGAUGUCGUGAGUGUUACGUUUAUAAGUGUGUUUGUGGAAUGAAAAUGCAUCUUUUUUUAGUUAAGAAAACUCACAUGGGCUUUAAGUCUAUCAGCGUUUGACUAAUGUCGUUUCGAUGAAGCUGAAAGGUGGAUGUAUGUCACCUUGUAUUCCUUAAUGAAAUAUUUUCACGCAUUUAUGUUGAUGUCAGAAUGUUUUAAACACGCUGUGUGUAGAGAGAUUCGAUUUUAAAAGAACACUGUGAUAUAGUUUGACUGUCCCUUAUGAGCUUCUUUGACGUAUCUUCAGAAAAGAUGUGGCUGUUUUCGCAUGUAAGGUUAGAUGGAUGAUUCCUGUUUUCUGGUAACUCUUAAAAUAUGUUUAUACAUUUCUGGGACCAUGGACAGUACUGUAUAUGUUGGGGCAAUUUUUCUGACCUCUUUCCACACUGAUAUUAUAUAUAUACAUGCAUAUAUAUAUUUAGUGUGUUUUCCCUAUGGAGAAAGUUUAAGUUGUAUAUAGCCUGUAAAUUUGGAGCUGCGUAUAGAUCUAACUGUCCAAUGUUAUAAAUAAAAAGAAAAUAAAUAAAAGAGAACAAAUGCUAAAUAAAAAUAAAUCUUGAAACCUUU